AUGUCCGAAAAGCCCCUGGUCGAAUUCGAAGCUUCGACUGGCCUUCUCAAUCUUGUCGGUGCACCUAUCAUAGCCGACCCGGCUGAUUUUACCGGCAUUCAUCAUGCAGCACGAGCAUUAGCUGAGGAUUUUGGUCGAGUAACGCGAGGCAAAGAAAAUCCGUUUGAAUUAGUACCACAGGGCAGCUUACAAGCACCAACCGCCAUUAUCAUCGGAUGCAUUGAAUCAUGCUGGAUGAUUCAGGGGCUCCAAAAUCAGGGGAAGAUCGAAACUGCUCCUAUUAGGGGCAAAUGGGAGUCAUUCAUCACUUGUGUCAUUGAUGACCCACUACCCGGAUGUGCUAGGGCUUUUGUCAUUGCUGGGAGUGAUAAGAGAGGGGCGAUAUUUGGGGCAUACACCCUCUCAAGGCAGAUUGGAGUAUCCCCAUGGUAUUGGUGGGCAGAUGUCCCUGCAAAGCACCAUCGAGAGAUAUAUGCACGACCGGUACAUACUAUCCAGGGUGAGCCGAGCAUACAAUUCCGUGGAAUCUUCCUCAAUGACGAAGCACCUGCACUCACAGGAUGGGUGUUGGAGAAGUUCAGCAAAUAUAAUACUGUCUUCUAUAAGAAAGUCUAUGAGUUGCUCCUGCGCCUCAAGGCCAAUUUCAUGUGGCCGGCAAUGUGGCCGGGAUAUCCAAACCCCGGUGCUGUAUUCUUCAUUGACGACCCAGAAAACCAGCGUAUAGCCGACGAAUACGGAAUUUGCAUUUCAACUUCUCAUCACGAGCCAAUGCAGCGUGCUUCGACCGAGUGGUUUCAAGAAUAUGCGGAUGGAACGUGGAACUGGCUUACACACCGCGAUGAAAUUGUCGAGUUCUUCCGCAAAGGGGUGCAGCGUGCAAAGAGUGUAGAAUCUUACUUCACUCUGGGGAUGCGCGGCGAAUAUGAUAAGCAGAUGGUUACCGAUGAUCCUGGCGCCGUUUUGCGAGAUGUGAUUCGAGAACAGCGAGCUAUUUUCAAAGAAGUACAUGGCCGCGAGGAUGCGGUGCCUCAGGUGCUGGCACUGUACAAAGAGGUGCAAGAUCUGUACGAGGCUGGCGAGUUUACAGUGCCAGAAGAUGUGACGUUGUUAUUUGCGGAUGAUAACUUUGGAUCUCUGCGGCGCCUACCAUCGGGCUUGGAGGAAAAGAGAUCCGGGGGUGCAGGAAUAUACUAUCACUUUGAAUACGUCGGCGCACCCCGAAGCUACAAGUGGAUUAACUCGAACUCAUUGGGCAAGGUUUAUCACCAGCUUUCCCAGGCGUACCAACGAAAUGCGCGGAAGAUCUGGGUCUUUAAUGUCGGCGAUAUCAAGCCAAUUGAGGUCCCCCUUACGUUUGCGAUGGAGAUGGCGUGGGACAUUGGCUCGGUUCACAUGAACACUAUUCCUGAAUUCCUGGAAAACAUUGCGACUAGUUACUUCGGAUCUAGUUUGAGUUCGGAAAUUGUCUCCAUCUUGCAUGAACAUGAUCGUCUUGUCCGCAUACGAAAACACGAGCAUAUUGAUCCAGAAAGCUUUUCGCUGCUACACUACAAUGAAGCCGACAAUAUCGUUACCCGGUGGCAGAAGUUGGAAAACAGAGCAGAAUCAGUGUACAAGCAAGUAUCCGAAGAGCAGAGACCGGCUUUCUGGCAGCUUAUCGUUCACCCAGUCAAGGCUAGCUCUAUCUUCGCCGAAUUAAGAGUGGUUCAAGCUCGAAAUCAGCUCUAUGCGCGGCAGCGACGCAAUACAGCGAACAAACUCUUGCGUCGGGCGCUUGAUCUUUUCGAUUCAGAUUUCAAGCUAUCCCAAGAGUUUCACUCCCUUCUAGAUGGAAAGUGGAAUUACAUGCUAUGUCAACCACACAUGGGCUAUGGAGAUACCUGGCACGCGCCUUCACGGGAUGCCAUUUUCGGGCUAGCAUACGUGCAGCGAAAUCAAAACAGCAACAUCAUUGUUGGACAGAUGGGAGUUGCGGUGGAAGGUCAUGAAGGUGUCCGAGCUGGGCGAAUCAACGAGGAAAGUGAGCGCACGCAUCCUAGUCGACGGGACCUAGUUCCAGGACUCACGCUUGGGCCAAUGAGCCGCUAUGGUCCGACUAAGAGAUGGUUUGACAUCUUCACUAGAGGAACGCAGAUCAUUCACUGGAGUACCUCUGCUCCUCAUUCAUGGAUCAAACUCUCAGAAACAGAGGGGACCUUGUCUCCUGACGGGGAUGAUGUGCGUAUCUGGAUCACAGUUGACUGGGAUCAAGUGCCGACACAGAUUGAUGAGGAGAUUUUGAUCAGUGUUGCGUCCAAAGAGGGAGAUUUUGAACAUGUUCAUUUACCUAUACACCACCACAGAGUGCCACGAUCCUUCCGUGGCUUCGUCGAAUCAGACGGCUGUGUAUCUAUACCCGCGUCAGGGGUUGAGGUGAGGGCGCCGUACCAGCAUCAUCCAGAGCUAGGCCGGUUAAGCGAGGGGUCGGUGACUAUUGCGACUUCCUUCGAAGAAGAGACUUCUCUGCCAUUCAUUGAGUACCCGAUCUACGUCUUUUCAGAGUCCACUUCGCCAAUCUUGACAUUGAUCUUCAAUAUGACUCUUGAGAUCGACCCUGCGAAUCUGAUGUCCUACGAGAUUGCAGUUGACAACGAGCCCAUGAGUUGGCACCUGGCGCUACCGAAAUCCCAUGAGAAGAGAGAUAAACUCCCAGCUGAAGGCUGGCUGAGUGCUGUCAUGGAUUGCGUUUGGAAACGGGAUCACGUCGUCACCAAGCUUGACCCAGGUGCUCACACCAUCCGAAUCAGGCUGAACCAUCCAAAUUUGCUACUUGAAAGAAUCAUGCUGGACUUGGGUGGCGUGAAGGAAUGCUACCUUGGACCUCCGUCCAGCCAGUUUGUCAUUUAG